AUGGGUUGCGUGAAUUCCAAGAGAUCAGCUGUGGUUGACAGCAAGGAAGGUUUGAAAUCAUCUAGGAAAAGGAAUGUUGAUAGGAAUGUUUCAAGAUUGGAUAGGAAGAAAAGAGUUGAUGGAGUUUUGAAGAAAGAUGAGUUAUUGGACGGGGUUUGCGCGAGAGUUUCACUGAAUGACAAGGAAGAAGAUGGAGAUAAGAAUGAUAAGAAUGAGAAGAAGAAGAUGGAGAAAACUGAAUUGGAUUUUGCCGUUGUUGUUGAUUAUCCGAGUUUUGGAGGAAGGGUUCCAAAGGGUUUAGAAGGAGAGCAAGUUGCGGCAGGAUGGCCAACUUGGCUUUCUUCUGUUGCUGGGGAAGCUAUCGAUGGAUGGAUACCGCGGAGUGCAAGUACUUUCGAGAAGUAUGAUAAAAUUGGACAAGGAACUUACAGUACUGUUUUUAAGGCACGUGAUUUGACUAACCAAAAGAUCGUUGCUUUGAAGCGGGUACGCUUUGAUAAUCUUGAUCAUGAGAGUGUCAAUUUCAUGGCAAGGGAAAUCGUUUUUCUGCGUAGGCUUGACCAUCCAAAUAUAAUAAAGUUGGAGGGCUUGAUAACAUCACCGACGUCUCGUAGCAUGUAUCUUGUUUUUGAGUACAUGGAGCAUGAUCUUACAGGACUUGCAACAGCACCUGGCAUUAAGUUUUCCGAACCACAGGUUAAAUGCUACAUGAAGCAGCUUCUUAAUGGAUUGGAUCAUUGCCAUAGUCGUGGUGUCCUCCACCGCGAUAUAAAGGGCUCAAAUCUUCUCAUUGACAAUAAAGGCGUUUUAAAGAUUGCAGAUUUUGGUUUGGCGAAUUCGUUUUGCCCUGAUCAAAGUGCCCCAUUGACCAGCCGCGUAGUAACUCUCUGGUAUAGACCACCAGAACUUUUACUUGGAUCAUCAAAUUAUGGAGUUGCAGUGGAUAUGUGGAGCACCGGUUGCAUACUCGGUGAACUAUACUAUGGAAGACCUAUAUUGCCCGGAAAAACAGAGGUUGAGCAAUUACAUAGAAUUUUUAAACUUUGUGGAUCACCAUCGGUGGACUACUGGCGUAAACUUCGGCUGCCACAUUCUACAGUAUUCAGGCCUCCACACCAUUAUAGGAAUUGUAUUGCAGAUACAUUUAAAGAAUUUCCAACUGCUGCUACGAAGCUUAUAGAGACCCUACUCUCUUUAGAUCCUGUACUUAGAGGAACAGCAGCUACAGCUCUGAAUGACGAGUUCUUUUCAUUGGAACCUGUUGCCUGCGAUCCAUCAGCAUUGCCAAAAUAUCCACCCAGCAAAGAGAUUCACACUAAAAUGCGGGAAGAAUCAACAAGAAGGCACAAAGCUCUCGGUGAAAAGGAGCAAAAACUUGAGCCACGAGGUAGACAAGAGAAAGAAACUCAGUCAUUUGUCCUAUCCAAAGCCAAUGCUGAUGCUCGCAUAUCAAUGAAGCAUGGGCAACGCUUUCCGAACAUGGCAGGCCAUGAUGGGCCAUUCAGCCGUCACAGAGAGUCGGUAUCUGGAUUACUGGAUUCCCCUCAGAAACAGUCAGAAGAUAUUAAAGAAACGGUUAAUUAUUUCUCCGGGCCUCUUUAUCAGAAGCCUUUACAUUCAGGUUUACUCGUUCCAGGAUUUGGCCGGCACAAAGUUGGAAAGGAAGCUAGUGAGCAAUCACUUCCUCUUUCAAAUAAAGUCAACCUAUCAAAAGAUUCAAAACCAUCUCCGACUUUGUUUUCUGGAAAUCGAAAAGAAAAUCCAGCUCCCUUGAGACCAAGAGAUACAAUUCAAGAACCAAAAUCUUCAGGGUUGAGUAAUGGAUCAGAGUCAAAAAGACGGCAUGAUAAAAAUCGCCAUUCACAAAAAACCGAUCUCAGCCAAACAAAAAAUGGAAAGGACGGGCGCACAACCUGCAAAAACAAUCUCUAUAUGAUUGGUCCAUUAAAGUUUCCAUCAAACAAUAUGCAUCAGAUGAUCAAAGACCGCAAUCGGAAGACCCGAGAAUAUUCAAAAUGA